AUGGGUGUAUUAAGCAAGGAGGACAACGAAAAGAUCAAAAGAGCAAUCCCGAAGGGAUCAAAUAAAAUUAUCGAUGCCACUGUGGCCAAACUUUAUAUUGCCUUUCCUGAUCCUGAAAACUACAAGGACACUGGAUUGUCGGGUGCUGUUGUGUUAGUCGAUGAUUUAGUAGGAAAGACAUUUUUUAUUAAAUUGAUUGAUAUUCAGGGCCAGCGAGGGAUACUUUGGGAUCAAGAGUUACCGGUAAACUUCCAAUAUAAUAAAGAUAGAACGUUUUUCCAUUCGUUUGAAUUGGAAGAAUUCAAUUGUGGAUUAUUAUUCGAGGAUGUUAGUGAAGCAAAUCAUUUCUUCAAAAGAGUAACAAGUAAAGAAAAGUAUGGAUCGAAACACACAGUUGCUAAUAAAAACGCGGUGGUAGCUAAUAAUAAAGCCAUCAUUGAUGAACAGAACAAACCUGAUGCUGCAGGUCCAAGAGGUUUUGCCCUGAUUGACACUAGUGAUCCAAACAAUAUUCAAAAAGUCAGAAGGGCAAAAAAUAUUCUCUAUUACUCUGAUGCUCCUCCUCCAGAGUGGAGAGAUGUAUAUAGUAAGCUCGAGGCGGAAGAAGGCAUCAGCGAAUGGAUGGUUGUGGACAACAGGGAGUUCAUUAAACAGUACAUUAGAAACAACGGCCCUCAAUCACUAGUUGGUUUGGAGCCUCCAAUUCCUAGAAAAUAUCAAUACUCUCAACCUGCAUCGAAAAAUAGAGCUAAUUCUCAAUCGACUACUGACUCUAGCCACGAAAGUAGCCCGGUCCCAAGUGGUAAAAAGAAGAAAGCACCUCCCCCUCCACCUCCACCUGCUGGAACUGAAGAAUCACAGACACCUCCAGAGACCCCAGGAUCUACUCAUGUGGCUAAUGAGCAUAAAUACAGACUUCCUCCUGCUCCAACAUUUAUGGGCCAAGGUUUAGCUCAUCAGCACACACCUUCCCCUCCAUUGCCUCCUAAAACUCCUAUUUAUGGCACAGUCCAGAAACUUCAACAAGAGCAGCAGCAACAACCAUCGCAUCCCUCGCUACCACCACGUACGCCCAUACCUGCAAAUAACUACUCCCCACAAUUUGGUGUGCCAUCACAAACCGCAGGAGGUUCAGGCCUUGCGAAUUUCAGAACAGGUACUUCCACCGCCCCUUCACUUCCUCCGGCUCCUGUGCGGAGUGUUCCUCCAGCUCUACGUACCCUUCCUCCAGCGCCUGUAGCUGCACCACGAACUCUUCCUCAGGCCCCUCAAGCUCCACCACGGACUCCUCAGGCCCCACCAGCGCUUCCUCCAGCACACUCUGGAGUUCAACACACUGCACCAGGAAUUAUUAACCCUCCUCUUCCUCCGAUGAGGUCUAAUUAUGCCCCACCACCUCCUCCAAGUAGGAGAGCCGGUGGAGCUCCUCCUCCACCUCCGUCAAGGAAACCAGUAGGUGCGGCUUCGCAACAAUUCUCUCAACCAAUGGCCCCUCCUGUGGCAGUUAUACCUCCUCAACUUCCUCCAAUGCCUCCUAAAAGCUUUGCUAAUAAUCCACCAGUAGCUCCUCCUAUGCCUCCAUCGUUUGGUGCUCCUCAAGCUCCUCCUAUGCCUCCAGCAAUGCAUCAACAAAACCGUUACACUAUGGCAAUGUCACUACCUGGUCAAUCGGCUUCUAUCUCACCACCGCCACCGCCAGCUCCCCCAGCGCAGGCGCCUCCAAUAGGAGGUGGUUCCCCAUCAGCAGGAGGACCUGGUAAUGCAGAUGCAUUGUUUGCAGCAAUCCGAGGUUCAGGGAUUGGUCAAUUAAAGAAAGUUGAUAAGUCACAAAUCAAGCAUUUCUAA